UAGGCUAGGCUACCCAUAGAUCUACGAUGGAAUAAAGUAAUUCCGGUCAAAUUCUAGGGGCGUCGGACAUCCUCUACAGCUUGCUUGUUCGCAAAACAACCAACGGCUGGAACCCGCUUGUUCAGAUCUGACGACGCAGGCGCCAUUAAGGGAGGGAGACUUCCGCUUGGCCCAUUAGGUAGGUGCGCUCGAGAAUUGGAGACUGGGAGAAGAAGGGAAGGUUUGCGUGCACUUGCUGCUGCUCUACCCUUGGUUCGGUGGUGAGUGUCCUCUCUCUCUCUCUCUCUCUGCUUCCAAAUUUGUAUAUUUGUAUCCCUGUUCCUGCAAAUCAUUUGUUUUGCUUGCUUGAUCCGAAAACAGGUAACUUCCUGUGGUAGAGAUUUGUUAGAAAACAGACGGACCAAAUGGCAAACAUAGACAUUGAGGGAAUAUUGAAGGAGCUCCCAAAUGAUGGUCGUGUUCCAAAAACCAAGAUUGUUUGCACUCUGGGACCUGCUUCUCGAUCAGUGCCCAUGCUUGAGAAGCUUCUCAGGGCUGGGAUGAAUGUUGCCAGAUUCAAUUUCUCCCACGGUACUCACGAGUAUCAUCAGGAGACUUUGAACAAUCUUAGGGUGGCCAUGCAGAGCUCCCAGAUCCUCUGUGCUGUAAUGCUUGACACCAAGGGUCCUGAGAUUCGAACUGGUUUUCUAAAGGAUGCUAAGCCUAUUCAGCUUAAGGAAGGUCAGGAAAUCACUGUAACUACUGAUUACAGCAUCAAGGGGGAUGAGAAUAUGAUUUCCAUGAGCUAUAAAAAGUUGGCUGUCGACUUGAAGCCUGGAAAUACCAUCUUAUGUGCAGAUGGCACCAUCACCCUGUCUGUCUUGGCUUGUGACCCAGAUGCUGGAACAGUAAGAUGCCGUUGUGAGAACACUGCAACUCUAGGUGAGAGAAAGAAUGUUAAUCUUCCUGGUGUUGUGGUGGAUCUUCCCACACUAACAGAGAAAGAUAAGGAAGACAUCCUGGAAUGGGGCGUUCCAAACAAGAUUGAUAUGAUUGCUCUUUCGUUUGUGCGCAAGGGCUCGGAUCUUGUCAACGUUCGUAAGGUUCUUGGGUCUCAUGCAAAGCACAUACAGCUGAUGUCAAAGGUUGAGAACCAGGAGGGAGUAAUCAACUUUGAUGAAAUCUUGCGCGAGACCGAUUCAUUUAUGGUUGCCCGUGGUGAUCUUGGAAUGGAAAUCCCGGUAGAGAAGAUCUUUCUGGCUCAGAAAAUGAUGAUAUACAAGUGCAACCUUGUUGGUAAACCUGUGGUCACUGCCACUCAGAUGCUUGAAUCAAUGAUUAAGUCUCCGCGGCCAACCCGUGCUGAAGCCACUGAUGUAGCCAAUGCUGUACUUGAUGGAACUGACUGUGUCAUGCUCAGUGGUGAGAGUGCCGCUGGGGCAUACCCAGAGCUUGCUGUGAAGAUCAUGGCUCGAAUUUGUAUCGAGGCAGAGUCCUCCCUUGACUAUGGUGCUAUCUUUAAGGAGAUGAUAAGGUCGACCCCCCUUCCAAUGAGCCCAUUAGAGUCUCUGGCAUCCUCAGCUGUACGAACAGCAAACAAAGCCAAAGCUAAACUCAUAGUUGUGUUGACACGUGGGGGAACUACAGCCAAGUUGGUAGCCAAGUACAGGCCUGCAGUUCCAAUCCUAUCAGUAGUUGUUCCUGUUCUGACCACGGAUUCAUUUGACUGGAGCUGCAGUGAUGAGACUCCGGCAAGGCAUAGCCUUAUAUACAGGGGCUUGAUUCCUCUACUGGCGGAAGGAUCUGCAAAAGCAACGGAUGCAGAAUCAACAGAGGUGAUCCUUGAAGCUGCCUUGAAUUCCGCAACAGAGCGGGGGCUCUGCAAGGCGGGUGAUGCCAUAGUUGCACUCCAUCGCAUUGGUGCUGCCUCUGUCAUUAAGAUCUGCCUGGUGAAGUGAUAGCGAAUGUGCUGCACUGGGCAAGUCAGAUCCAUGGUUUUGCUUCCUAUUGUCAUCUAAUCUUUAUAUGUACUGCAAUGCAUUGCUAAAAGGAUGUAGAAUUAUUUUCCAUUUGCCUUGAGCUGUGUUAAUCUUGUUGUCUUGUAUGCUUGGCGCCGUCCUCUAGCUAAUGUUAUGUAGCCUGAAUGAGCUACAGGUGAAAAAUAAGAGACUUCGGGAUUUCAUUUUGGUAAAUAUAGUCGCACUUAUGUUGGACAUCA